AUGUCAUCAUUGGCUUAUAACUAUUUCUUGAAAAAGACUCAAUUAGAUCAUAUUGUUCAAACUGGACCAACGGAUGAUCCUUAUUUUGAAACUAUUCCUGAUAAUGAAUUACAUUUUUAUCAAAGACAUGGGGCCAAGAGAAGAAGAAAGCUUCCAAGCUUCAUUCCUGAAAAGGAUCUAAAGAUUUUAGAAAGUGUUAAAACUCAAGCUUAUAGACUUGAUUUACAAUUAAGUAUUGCUGGGUAUAGAUUUGGAUGGGCUGGUAUUAUUGGAUUAUUUCCUUGGAUUGGAGAUUUAUUUGCUUUAUUUUUAGCUUUGAAUGUGUUAAAUACUGCUAGAGAAAUUGAAGGUGGAUUACCAAAGAUUUUAGAAGGUGAAAUGAUGUUUAAUAUUGCUUUGGAUUUUGGUAUUGGAUUGAUUCCUUUUGUAGGUGAUCUUAUUAAUAUAAUGUAUAAGUGUAAUUCGAGGAAUUUUGUUUUAUUAGAAAAGCAUUUGGUUCAUAAAUAUGGUCAAGCUCAUACAGUUCCAGUUCUGACAGAGCCUGAGAAAUUGGAGAAGAUUAGUGAAGUUCCACCAACCCAUCCAGCUGCAACUCAUCCAGCUACAACCCAUCCAGUCCCACCUCCAGUAGAACAUGAGAAGAAAGAGACGGUUUAA